AGUAGCAGCAGCAGCUGUCAGCGUAGCGGCCAUGUAAACGUUCAUACGUAGAUAUAACCAAAAAAAUUUCUUAAUUCCCUAAUUGACAGUUGACUUGUACGAAAAAAUAUUUAUUACUUCUCUUAUGAUAUUUAUACGGAAAAAUUGAGUUUAUUCGAUUCGAAAAAUCGAAUCUAAUGAGAGGGGGGAACUGUUAUUUUCCCGAUGCGCGGUAGGUCAGUUAUCGAGUACGAAUUGUUAUCGUUGACGUAUCAUGUGACGACUCGGAGCUCAGAGUAUUAAGAGUGCAGUUUAUUUACGCACUGCUUACCUUCUUCUUCGUAACCGCUGCUACUGAUUCCUCCUCAAGAUGUUUCGCCACGGCUCCUCCACCACCGCCGCAACUGGAUAGAGGAAGCGGCGGCGGCGACGACGAAAAUAUAUGGGAUAUAUUGGUUUAGUGCGCGAUUUUCGCGACGAGAAGAAUGGUGACGAUUCGUUACGAAGGAACUGGCGAUCUGCUAUGCGAUUAUAUUUCGAUACCCGGUUUAUACUUUGAAACAAAAACACGUACGAAUCUUGAGUCAUCGAUCGUGCAAUUUCGUAUAUAUUGAUAAAUCGUAAUCACGAAUGCAAAACUGCCGGUACUGUUUAUUCAAGAUGAAUUUGACAGCGGGCAAUCCGCAUAGCAAUGGCCUCUUGUACGCCGGUUUUAAUCAGGAUCAAGAAUAUGUCGAAACUUGAACCAUCAAAUGGAUAUUGAGCGCGUCGUCAAACGUACAAUAUAUAGUGAUGUUUCGCUUGCGGUAUGGAAAAUGGCUAUAGAGUUUAUAACUGCGAUCCGUUGAAAGAAAAAGAAAGACAUGACUUUAGCGACGGAGGACUCGGCUAUGUCGAAAUGCUAUUCAGGUGUAACUAUCUGGCGCUCGUAGGCGGAGGUAUUAAGCCGGUAUAUCCGACCAACAGAGUUAUAAUAUGGGACGACUUGAAAAAAAUGCCGGCCAUCACACUGGAAUUCAAUGCUCCGGUAAAAGGGGUUAAACUGAGAAGAGACAGGAUAGUAGCUAUAUUGGAAGGAGUCAUAAAAGUUUAUACGUUUACUCAAAAUCCUCAACAGUUACAUGUUUUUGAAACUAAUCCUAAUCCGAGAGGCUUGUGCGUUCUAUGUCCCAAUAGCAACAAUUCUCUUUUGGCCUUUCCCGGGCGUAGAAACGGUCAUGUUCAAGUUAUAGAUCUUGCCAACACGGAAAAGCAGCCUUUGAAUAUAGAGGCGCACGAGACCCCGUUAUCGUGUAUAGCCUUAAAUCUCCAAGGUACGAGAUUGGCAACUACCUCCGAAAAAGGUACUCUUAUAAGGGUAUUUGACACUCUGAGCGGCGCAAUGAUCAACGAACUGCGAAGAGGAGCUAAUCACGCUAAUAUUUAUUGCAUAAAUUUCAAUCAUGACUCGACAUGGUUGUGCGUUGCCAGCGAUCACGGUACGAUACAUGUUUUUGCUGUCGAGGACCAAAAAUUGAAUCGUCAGUCGAGUCUCGCCUCUGCAACCUUCCUCCCAAAGUACUUUAGCUCAAGCUGGAGUUUCUGCAAGUUUCAAGUUCCCAGCGGGCCUCAGUGUAUGUGCGCCUUCGGCGCCGAUAACAAUAGUAUUAUAGUUAUAUGCGCCGACGGUAGCUACUACAAGUUCGUAUUCAACAACAAAGGCGAAUGUACGAGAGACUUUUAUGCCCAAUUUCUCGAAAUGACGGAUGACAGAAUGUGACCACAUCCAGCAUCGAAGAGGCAGUUGAGGCGUCAUCGUCUCCCGAUGACCCGGUAUUUCUAACACCGCCAACGAGUAUCAGCCUCGAAGCGGUCAAGUGUUUGUCGCGAGGAACCAAGUUCCGCGACAAGAAUAUUUUUCAACAAAACAUGACACAUUCGAUCGAAUCGUUCAAUUUUUAAUUAUUGUUUUUUCUUCAAACGAACAAACGAAAUUAUACAAGAGAGGACCAAGUUCGAUAUUCAAUGCGAAGAUAGCACAGUGACUGAUCGACGAGUCUUGGUUAAUCAAUCUCGAAAAUGAUAAUAAAUAUAAAAAAACAUAUAAUAAACAUCUCCAAGCCAUAAAAUAGUAGAAAGAUAAAAAGUGGAAAUAGCGCGAAAACUGUUAUUGCAGCAUAGUUCGACAUGAGCUUUAUUCAUUAUUAUUAUUAUUAUCAUCGUACAUCCAUUAUAUAAAUCAUAUACAUAUACACGUA